CUCUCUCUCUCCAUCUGCGCGUCAUCACACUGCGCCUCCCUGUUGAUUAUCAUUGGCGCCAAAGAGGAUUGGAGAAGCACUACCUGCCCGCAGCUUGUCCAAAAAUAAAGAAAAUAUUUUGACAUAUGAUUAGCAAUGGACAUCCGGAGGUUUUUUACGUCCACCAAGCCUGUGGCCCAGAAAGCUUCAAAUGGAAGCACAAGCACAAGUACUGAUGAAGAGCAGAAGAAGAAACAAAAAUCAAGACCUAAGGUCAAAAGCCCCAAAUCUGAUGAGAAACCCAGCGGGAAAAGAAAGAAAAGAGUUAUAGUUGAUUCAGACUCUGAAGAAGAGAAGAAGGUAAAGACCAAAAAGAGCACUAAAGAGACUUCUAUCCCCACAGAGAAGAAACACCCAGUAACUUAUGUGUCUGAUUCUGAUUCGGAUGGAACAUUUGAGACUCUGAAAAAGCCCAAACCUAAAGAGAAUGGAACGGCUAAAGGCAAGAAGGAAUCAGAUUCAGGAAAAGCAAAACAAGUGAAAGUCUCCUCCAGCAAAUCCCCAGUCAAAUCCCCCAGCACGGUGAAGGGAGGGGUGAAGAGUUCUCAACCCACCGUUUCCCCUAAGGUGGCACCAACCCCACCAAAACAGAUGCCCACAUCAGUAAUGGCUUUUUUUGGGAGUUCAAGUGUUCAGAGGUCGGAGAAGAAAAUGGUGGCCAGUAGCAGCACUAAGAGGAAGGCA